AUGCUGUCUGCCGCUGGAGAGACUGUGUCUAACGCUCGUCCUCCCAUCCGAUGCCUCAUCGACCACACGGCGUUUCCUGAAAUCGUCGACCUCAUCUUCAGCUACGCAACAUACGCCGACUCGCUUGUUAUCCGACAGACCUCACGUGCCUUUCUGGCGCGCAUGGAGGCCAAGCUUUGCCAUCACGUCUUCUAUGACGGCGAGUACCUUUACCCUCCCCGCCGGUAUCGGUGCGAGGCAGAUAUCAAGCCCAUACCCUUCCUCCGGCUUGACCGUCCUUUCCUUGAACGCACCAUCCAGCUUCUCACCAAGCACACCCGCAUACUGGAUGAUGGAGACUGUGGGAGCGGGGAACCACCGUUCAAGUAUGCCGACGUUUUCCGCAACCUGCGUUGCGUCCGCCGUGACAGACAAAGCUACCAGACCGUGACCGGCGCCAAAGCGGUCCUGUGGCAAGAAAUACCGACGUUUGCGCAUCAUCAGAUGGAAUGGGACAGCAUGAUAUGCUGCACUAGCGACCACGUUGAUGGCUUUGGUACACUUGUGUUUCACUGCUCGUACGACAAGCGGUCCGUGGUGCCUUGUCCGUUUCCUCCCACAGAGCAGUUCAAACUACCUCUAGCGAAGAUGGUUUACAUCUUUACGUACGACCCAUCAAUCUGCGAUGGGCUUGGGCACUUGGGUUGCGACUACUCCAACAUUGAAGAGUGGCGCAGGAAGGCGCAAGUGUACGACCACAGAUGUGGCCGUGGAGUUGCACUCUAUGACGUCGGGGCUGUCAUCCAGACGAUAGGGCUCGCCGAGGCAAAGGAUGCGCCCAACCUCGCCAGCCUCGAAAUCGUCAUUGUCGGUAUGGAGGACGUUGUUGACACGCCGUCUCUUCCGGGCGAGGACGACGACUCGGCCUUCGACCGCCUCCGGAGCAGCAUCAUAGAGCUGUUCAAGUCCCAGCACGGAAUGUCAGCCGCCAUGGCCGACCUGCUCGUUGGCCAGAUCACGUUUAUGACCCAUGAAGACUACAAGACCGACAUCGGACCAGUGGAAUACCACCUCGAGACUAGCCAGGCCUGUUGGGUCCAUCCGUAG